AUUCAGCACAGCAUUCAGCAAAAACAAAGUUUUGUUAUUCGACACAAAAAAGUUUUUCCUUAAAUUAUCGUAUUAUUACUAAGAAUUAAAGCAUUAAUAAACUCAAAAUGAAUAGUGUGUUAGCUCCCGAGAUCGAACAACCUGGAUUCAAUUUCUCAAAUUGUCGUCGUAAUGAACGACUUAUUAAUGAUGGAUUUAAGGCACCGAAAACAACAAAGACUGGAACAACAAUUGUUGGUAUCAUUUAUAAGGAUGGCGUUAUAUUAGGAGCUGAUACUCGAGCAACCAGUGGAAAUAUCGUUAGUGAUAAAAAUUGCGAAAAGAUCCAUUUUCUGGCAAAGAAUAUGUAUUGCUGUGGUGCUGGAACUGCUGCUGAUACAGAAAUGACAACAAAGAUGAUUGCAAGUCAAUUGGAACUUCAUAGAUUGAGCACUAAUCGAGUUGUUCCAGUUAAUUGUGCAUCGACACUUCUUAAACAAUAUUUGUUCCGUUAUCAAGGCCAUGUCAGUGCUGCUUUAGUUCUUGGCGGAGUUGAUGCUCAAGGUCCUUCUAUUUACUGUAUCUAUCCACACGGUUCAACUGAUAAACUUCCUUAUGCCACUAUGGGCUCUGGAUCAUUAGCUGCUAUGUCAGUAUUUGAAUCGCGCUGGAAGCCUGAUAUGGAAGAGGAAGAAGGCAAAAAGCUUGUUCGUGAUGCAAUUGCUGCUGGUAUCUUCAAUGAUUUGGGUUCUGGAUCAAAUGUAGAUUUGUGUAUUAUCCGUAAAGGAAAUACUGAAUAUUUGCGUAAUUAUGAAUUGGCAAAUCAAAAGGGAGUCAGAAAAGUUGAUUAUACUUUCAAGAGAGGAACAACUGGAGUUUUGUCUGUAAAGAAGAUCGCAUUUGAUGUUGUUGCAGAAUCUACAACUGCAGUCGAGCAAAUGGAUACUAAUUAAAUACACUUUUCGUUUUAUAUUAAUCAUCAUUCUUGAAAUAAUAAACCGUC